AUGGCAAUAAAACUGACUGAAGAGAACGACACUGAGUCAUCAGAUAGUGGUAUUCUGCUUUUAAGGGAAACAGGGUCACUUGGUAUCGGGGAUGUCAAUCGCUAUAAGAUAAUUGUAGAUAAAAAUAAGCUACUAUCUGACGGAAUUGAGUGUACUGACGAUACUCUCUAUCUCGAAUUCAAAAACCAGGAGAGCGCGCUUUUGAGGCCGUUAUGGAUAACUGGACCAUACUCAAUUUAUGUUGAAAUAACGCCGAACAAUUAUGACGAGAGAAAGCAAUUCAUAGGAGAUGGAAUUGAGUUCAUGAGUGACCUCAAGCCUGAUGAGAAUUUCAAAGCGAAACUUUAUCUCAAUUCUAAUGCUCGAGUUGACGGUACUUCUUGUUAUGCUUGGAAGAUUGACCUUAUUGCCCAGUUCACUGUCGUUACCAUUGUAAGGCUUCCAUUCGUCUUCACGCUAGCUACAACAUACAAAACUGCUAAACAUUCCCAGAAAGACAAGAAUAUAGAAGUUCAGCAGACUGAUGGGUUGAAAAUUUCCAAACUUGACACUGAACAGUUGUGGAAUUUACCUCCGCCAUUUCCAGAUAAGCCAGUUCAUCUCGUAAUUAUUACACAUGGCAUCUUCUCUUCUAUUGGCGGAGAUAUGCUUUGCUUAAAAGACACCAUUGAACGAGCGUCGAACUUUUUGCCAGAUGAUAAUAAUGGCAAUCUUGUAAUAAGAGGGUAUCCUGGAAACGUCGGGAAGUCUCAUAAAGGUAUACGGCAUCUAGGAUUCAAGUUGGCAGAAUAUAUAAUCGAUACCAUCGAUAAACUUCAACAGCAAUUCACCUUAACAAGAAUCUCAUUUGUAGGUCACUCUUUGGGAGGACCCGUGCAAGCUAUGGCCAUUCACUAUAUCUCUGUCGAACGACCAGACAUAUUUGACAAGACCACAGGCUUGACACCCGUCAAUUUUGUGGCGGCGGCGAGCCCAUUCCUCGGAGUCAUUGGAGAUUUGCCCAAAUACAUAUCUAUCGUGCUGGACAUUGGCGCUUUGGGACAGACUGGAAGGGAUCUCACAUUGAAGCGCAGCUAUUUUCUGCCAUCAAAAGGUAUUGUAAAUAAUGAUGGAUCACAUGAUAGAAUCAAAUCUAAACCCAUAUUAGAGCUUUUACCUAAACAUCCGGCGUUAGAAGUUUUCCAACGAUUCAAGUGUAGAACCGUGUAUGCUAAUGUCGCAUUUGAUGGUAUAGUGCCUCUAAGGACGGCUGCUUUACUAUAUCUUGAUUGGAGAGGUUUAAGUGAUGUGCAACAGGUGAGGAGCGAAAACAAUGCCCAAUCUGAGGAGGGAGUUGAAGAACAGAAAGGGUCAUCUUUGGGGGAAAUUCCAGAGAGCUCUUCGGACAAUAAGUCUAUUCUCCAAUGGUUGCUGCCCCAGUCACUCAUUAAAAAGGAAAAAUAUAAACCGUAUGUGCGGACUCAAACUACCAGUUCGGUAGAAUCUGCCAGUAGUGAUUCGAACAAUAAUUCUGACUCUCCAACUACUUUCAAACCUCCAAAAAAGGCAAAUACAUUGCAAGCUGCUGCAAGUACAAUAUCGGCACCGCUGCCAGGAAUGUCGUACCUAGUGGAUCCCUCCAGUAGAACGGACAGAAUUAUUCAUGACAAGGUUUAUACCCCGGAAGAAUUACCAGAUAAACACUACAAACAUAAGAAGCUUGUGAAAAAGAUAAUAUAUCCCAAUUACUCGAUCCAUAUGAAAGAAGAACGAAUAGCAAGGUACUGGCAGGAGACAAUGGACUGGAGAAAGGUCAUCGUUGAGCUACAGCCUGAUUCCCAUAAUAACAUCAUUGUUCGUCGCAGGUUUGUUAAUUCAUUCGGUUGGAUAGUUGUCAAUCAUAUUGCCGAUGAACACUUUGGAUCGAAGGCAAUGAUAGAAUGA